AUGGUAGAGCAUAGCGUACAAGGCGUUUUGGUUUUGGCGGUCAACUGGUUUCAGUCUCCGCAUUUAUCUCUUGCACCGCCUGAGGUGGUAGAAGGCCACAGUAGAUCUUGUCGCUUUCCCGUCUGUUUGGUUUCUUGGCGCGACCUCAACACAGAGGUCUCUCUCGGGCAUCACUGGGAUGGGAGGGAUAAAAAGCGAGUGACAUUGGGCGCGAAGGCAUCUUCUUCUUUCUUCUCUUCUCAAGACUUGUUUACCUUUCAUAUUGCAGGCUUCAAUUUGGCGUUGGCGGAACUACAUGUCGAGUGGCUUUAG